GAGUGGAGUGCGUAGAUGUAGACACGGUGUGGCGGGACACGCAAACGGAUAUCGACUCAGAAGUGUAUGCAGGCCACUAUCAGGCGAAUCCUGAGCAAGCCACUAACGCGUACACAGCAGCCUUUGACUUCCAGGACACGGGCCCGACUCGUUAUAACCCUGUGAUUCAGUAUAACUCGUCGUACAACAACGCCAGUAUCGGCGGCACCCCCGCCACGCUCCUCCGCUUCGCUCGCCUCCUUAACCUCGCCUCAAACGCGUUUAUCAAGUCCUUCCAUAGCGGGGAUGAACUAAACACUGCUUCUGCACCAGCAACAGCACCAACACCAGCAGUAGCACCGGCAGAGAUUCCUUUGCUAUUUGUCAAAGACUUUCCAAAAGUGGAAACCACGUUGGGCGUGGACUUUGUAUCGCUCCUCGGCCCUCUCUUUUACAUGUGGGUGCUGCAGCUGCUCCUGCCAGUGAUGACCGUGGCACUGGUGUACGAGAAGGAGCAGCAGCUGAGGAUAAUGAUGCGCAUGCAUGGGCUCAAGGACGGGCCGUACUGGCUCGUCUCGUACCUCUACUUCCUCCUGCUCUCCCUCGCCUAUAUCUUCUUCCUUGUCGCCUUCGGGUCGCUCAUCCAGCUGAAGUGCUUCACCCUGAACCCCUACGGCCUACAGCUCCUCCUCUACAUCGUGAGCGCCAACACACAGAUCGCACUCGCCAUGCUGCUCUCUACAGCCUUCGCCCACACGCGCCCCGCCACCGCCACCACCUACCUCUACGUCUUCACAUCAGCGCUCCUCGGCCAGUUCCUCUACCGCAAUCUGCUUGAGUCCGGCUCCUACUCAACCACAUUCAUGACUGCACUGCAACUCUUCCCAGCGUUCGCACUCUACCACGGGGUAUACGAGUUAACUCAGUCGUCUUUAAUAGGCUCCUACCAGGCCUCUCAGGGCACUCUCACCUGGGCCACCGCCGCCACCAAUGGUUACCUGACAGGUGUCGUGAUCCUGGCCGUCGAAUGGCUGGUGUUCCUGCUGCUCGCGAUCUACCUGGAUCAGGUGGUUUCGGCGGGUAGUGGGGUGAGGAAGCAUCCUCUCUUCUUCCUCCGCAGGUGCAAGAGCGGCUGCCGGAAGCUUCUUGGCUCGCUUAAGAAGGUGCUGCAAAGCUGCAGGCUUGGAGGGGACGCCCGGGUGCAUGCGGCCUUCCAGGAAGGUUCCUGGAGAAAUGAAGAAGGAAAGGAGUGGAAAGCAGGGGCGGCGGGGAGUGGGAAGGCGGAGUGGGGGGAAGGGGAGGUGGGAGGAGGUGUUGUGGGCGCGGGGCAUGGGACAGACGUGGGGGAAGAAAAGGAGAAGGCGAAAGGGUGUUUGGACCGAUUUGAUGUGGAUCUAGAGAAGCGCAAAGUGCAGCAUCUCCUGCACACCGGCACCACACCCGACCCCUCAGCACACCACAGCAUUCUCUGUGCCGGCCUCUCCAAGGUCUACCCCAGCAGGGACGGCGGGGCGCCCAAGGAGGCAGUAGCCGGCAUGUGGCUGGGGGUGGCGCGAGGGGAGUGCCUGGGCGUGCUAGGGCCGAACGGGGCGGGCAAGACAACAGCGCUGCGCAUGAUGAUGGGGUUUUUGCAGCCCAGUGGAGGGACGGCGAUUAUCGAGGGCAUGGGGAUUGCCGAGGAGAUGGACAGCAUCUAUUCGAUCAUGGGCGUGUGCCCGCAGCACGACCUUCUAUGGGAGCAGCUGACCGGUCGGGAGCACCUCAUGUUCUACGGGCGGCUGAAGAACCUGCGAGGCUCAGCACUAACAUCAGCCGUGGAGGCCUCCUUAUCAGGGGUCCACCUACUGAAAGAGGCCGACAAGCCAGUGCAGCAGUACAGCGGCGGCAUGAAGCGGCGCCUGUCGGUCGCUAUAUCGCUUAUCGGAGACCCUCUUGUGGUGUACAUGGACGAGCCCAGCACGGGGCUCGACCCCUCGUCCAGGAUGCACCUGUGGAACGUGGUGAAGCGGGCAAAGAAGCACUGUGCAAUCGUGCUCACGACUCACUCAAUGGAGGAAGCAGACGCACUGUGUGACCGGAUGGGCAUAUUCGUGCGGGGGAAGUUCGCUUGUAUAGGAAGUGCACAGGAGCUCACAGCACGGUACGGGGGUCGCUUCAUCUUCACCCUCACCACUCCCGUGGACUAUGAAGCUGCAGCUGCACGGCUGGCACUGUCCCUGUCUGUCAACGCUAGGAGAAUAUACAACCUAUCGGGCACCCAAAAGUUUGAGCUGCCCGUGGAAGAUGUGAGGAUAUCUGACGUUUUUGCAGCAGUGCAAGCAGCCAAGGGGACCAUGCCCAUACAGGCAUGGGGACUAACCAACUCUACCUUAGAGGACGUGUUUAUUAAAGUGGCCAAGCAGGCUCAUGCUAAUGUGGUAUAA